AUGGGCAGCUGCUGCUGUAGCCGCGAUGAUGAAGCCAAAGCUGAGCAAAAGUUCGACAAGGGUGGCGAGAAGGACGUCUCGGGAGGUCCGGUGAAGAACCGCCACUGCACGGAUAUUCUUUGCUGCAUCAUCUUCGUGUUGCACUGGUUUGGCUUCGCAGCGAUCGUGUUUGCUGGAUAUGCGGAUGGGAAUCCUUCGAAACUAUACUUGCCGCGCGAUUUCAAGGGCGACUAUUGCGAUCUUGAAGAGUACCAGGGAGUGAAGAAGCUCCUUAGGACACUCAAUGUAUCUGCGACUGUGGAUGAGGUUGCGAAACAGCUGAUCUGUUCCACGGCAGCGGAGAAUGCUUUGGUCACCAUUCUUUCAAGCGCCGACAUGGAUGACUACAAAUGUGCCUGCUGCAAGCUACCUUGCGCAAGCUGUCAAGCCAGCUUGGGCCUACAAGAUAUUGAGGAUCCCGCUACUGCGGCGACUUCCAUCGGUUCAAGGAUGUCGGAGUUCACAGAUCCCAGCAAAGCCGCGUCGCUGUUCUCGUCGGGCAGCGCGAAUGCGGUGUCCUUCGAUGCAGAAGCGAUUUGGGGUGAGAUGACCAAAUUCAUGGUUGCCGUUUGCUUGAAUCAGACAUCCUGCGCUGCGCCUGCGGUCAAUGACUCCUCGGUUGCAGGUCUCCGCAGCUACGUCUACUCGCCAACACCAACGUCAUCUUGGAAGUUUGCCUGGGACACUUUAGCCAGGAACCCCUCCGUGCCAGCAAGCCUUCAGGAUACAAUCAACAAUGAGUUCACGUUCACGGCUCUGCCGUUGGAGGUCUGCCCGUACCAUGAGAGAUACUGCAUUCCCUUCCCCGGCGUCGCCUUCCGAGACGCACCCUUCGACCGGUGUAUGCCCAAAGUCGACACGGGAGUCGCUGCCGUCCUGGGCGAUGCUCUGACCUCCACGCUGGAAGGCGCUGGGGAGCAGGCGAUGCGGAUCCUCGAGAGCCAGGCCGGUGUCUUCAGCGAGUUGAUGGCCACCAUGGAUGCCUUCCUUGUGGUUGGCUUCUUCUCCUUCAUACUUGGUCUGGUCUUUCUGGCUUCACUCCGCUUUCUGGUUGGUGUGGUCGUCUGGUGCUCGAUAUUCCUGGUAACAGCAGCUUUAGCCUUUGGAGGACUCGUGGUCUUCAUCCGGAGCUUCCAAUGUCAAGGUGCCGGCCUCCUUGAGACUGGACUUGAAACCAGUUCGGCCUUGGUCUCAACCGCCGUGGUGGCGGUCUCCAAUGCCGUGUCUGGGACGGUGGCGCGCAGUGAAGCGCUCUCCGGGAAUGGCAGCGACUAUCGGGGCGGCCAGCGCUUCACCAGGAGCCUUUACACCUGCCAGCGUUGGGACCACGACAGCCCCCACAACAUCAGCUACGACCUGACGGCGUACCCGGAGCUCGAAGAGAAUUUCUGUCGUAACCCAGAUGGGGCAGCCACGACGAUCUGGUGCUUUACGACGGACAAGAACAAGAAGUGGGAGCUUUGCAAUCCGGUUGGAGUAACCCUCGGAGAGUGCAGCAAAGGAUUCGCGAUUGAGGAUACUGGCAUCCGUGAGUUUGUCCGGGUCUUGGCCUACAUCAUUUGGGGUUUGGGCGUGAUCUGGAUCAUUGCCGUCUGCUUCCUGCAGAAGCGAAUUCGGCUAGCUAUUGGCGUCAACAAAGUAGCUGCAUCAUUCGUGGCCAGCAACCCCACAAUCCUGGCAGUUCCAAUUGUCCAGAUCCUCAUUGGCUUCGCUUGGAUUCUGAUCUGGAUUGUUUGUGCGUCUUUCCUUCUCUCCCAAGUCCCCGCAGAUUAUACGCCAACUGAAGCGUUUGCCACAUAUGAAGAAGCGUGGGGAAACGACACAACGCCCGGGCUUUGCACGGACAAGUGGCCACAAAGCACCGUUUGGAAGUACGAGGGGAACAUAAGCUCGGCCAACGACACCUGCACCGGGGUCUUUGGAGACACGACGGGCCUGGUGCCUCGGUGCUGGAGAUGUUCUCCACCUCGUUACGCCUUCGACGCCAAGUUUGCAGCAGCCUUCUUCUCGCUCCUCUGGAACAACGCAUUUCUCGUGGCGCUGGGCCAGCUAAUCGUCGCCUUUGCGUGUGCCCAGUGGUUCUUUACUAUCGACGAGAGGCGUGGCAAGGAGCCAGUAAUCCGAGGAGCAGUGUGGAGUUCUUUCCGCUAUCAUUUAGGCACACUUGCCUUCGGAGCCUUCAUCCUGGCCUUGGUUCAGUUCAUCAGGUAUCUCUGCAAGUACUUUGAGAAGCAGGCGGCUGCUCAAAAGAAUCGAGUCAUGGUGAUCGUCCUUAAAGUUCUUGGAUGCAUUAUUUGGUGUGUUGAGAAGUGCAUCAAGUUCCUCAACAAGAACGCGUACAUCCAGGUCGCCCUAAUGGGCACCAACUUCUGCACAUCCGCCAAGAAUGCUUUCCAGCUGAUCAUUCGCAACAUGUUCCGCUUCGGGGUCGUCGCCAUUCUUGGCACCGUGAUCCACUAUAUCGGCUGGACGGUCAUCUUUGUGGGGACCACCGUCAUCGGCUACUUUGUCUUCGAUGCCUUCCAUCCAAGCGAAGAUCCGCUUCUGCCCCUACUGACGUAUGCAGCCACCGGGUACAUCGUUGCCCACCUUUACAUGAACGUCUUCGGGUUGGCGGUCGACACUUCGCUCCAGUGUUUCAUUGCCGCAGAGGAGAUGGGCUGUGCAGAGGAGCGCUGGAAUCACAAGUAUGCCAUUCUGCACGACGCGUUGCACCCUUGGGGUGCAGAUCCGGAAGUGCCCCUCGGUGUGAAGGGGACGCGGGUCCAGCUUGGCAACAGCUAUCCGAAAUACACCAACACUUGGACAAAUUUGAGCAUGUUCUUUCGUUUCAGUUCCUUCACUUUGCACCUCGAUUUGGGCUUAGGUGUGGAUGUCUAUCCCGGGAGCCCGGGGCGGGGAAGAAAGGAGUCCGUGCCCGUCGCCGAGCACCUGAAAUCCAAAGGAUCGAUCGAGUGCUUUCAUGACCAUUCAGUUUCUGAUCCGCAGAUCUUGGCACAGGUGCAGUGCGAGAAGGCCGUAGAAGAGGUGUGGAAAGACGUCCGGGGACUCUUUGGUCCCAGUGUGGUGUUCGUUCUCGGCGGCCCUGGUGCCGGAAAAGGCACGCUCUGCUCGCAGAUUGUCCAGGCGUGCGGUUAUCAGCAUCUCAGCGCCGGCGAUCUUCUAAGAGAGGAGCGAAAGAGACCUGGCUCCCAGACGGGUGAGCUGAUCGAGAACCACAUCAAGGAAGGGAAGUUGGUGCCUGCCAGCAUCACGGUGGAGCUCAUCCUUAAGGCCAUGCGAGAAAAAGGUUGGGGAGGCGGCAAGUACCUUAUCGAUGGCUUCCCCAGGAGCUUCGACAAUUUGGCAGCGUGGGAGCAAAUGGCUGGAGACCAGGUGUUGGUGAAGUUUGUGCUCUACCUGGACGUUUGCGAGCAGGUCAUGGAGGCGCGGCUUCUGGAGCGAGGAAAGACAAGUGGCCGCGCAGAUGAUAACAUCGAGUCAAUUCGAAAAAGGUUUCUGACCUUCCACCAGGAGUCGAGACCGGUGGUGGAGAAGUUCCAAGCAGAUGGCCGUGUCGUCAGGAUAGAUGCCGAGCAGCACCGAGAUGACGUCUGGCGAGACGUGCAGGCGCUCUUUGGUCCCAGUGUCGUGUUCGUCUUGGGUGGCCCUGGUUCCGGAAAGGGCACGCAGUGCACGAAGAUAGCCGAGAGCUUCGGCUACGUGCACCUCAGCGCUGGGGACCUGCUUCGCGAGGAAAGGGCCCGUGAGGGUUCGGAGUACGGUGAGUUGAUCAACUCCUACAUCAAGGAGGGAAAGCUAGUUCCAGUGGAGAUCACCAUCGAGCUGAUCAAGCAGGCUAUGGUGAAGUUUGGCUGGGAGGGUGGAAGGUACUUGAUCGACGGGUUUCCCAGAAGUUUCGACAACUUGAAAGGCUGGGAGAAUGUGAUCGGCAACUCGGUGCGGGUGAAGUUUGUGCUCUUCUUCGACGCCUCAGAGGAAACGAUGCAGGUGCGGCUGGUGGAAAGAGGGAAAACAAGCGGAAGGGCCGAUGACAACAUGGAGUCCAUCAAAAAGCGCUUCGUAACCUUCCAGCAAGAGUCGAUGCCCGUGGUGGAGAGUUACCGGCUUCAGGGCUUGGUCCGGCGCAUCGACGCAGAGCAGAGUUCCGAGAAGGUCUGGAGCGAUGUGCAAAGGAACUUUGGGCCCCAAGUGAUCUUCGUGCUGGGUGGACCAGGGGCUGGCAAAGGAACUCAGUGCGCUCGCAUCGCAGCGAACUUCGGAUUCCAGCAUCUGUCAGCUGGAGACUUGCUGCGCGAGGAGAGGAAGAGGCCCGGAUCAGAGCUGGGCGAGUUGAUUGAGAGCCACAUCAAGGAAGGCAAACUGGUCCCAGUAUCCGUUGUGGUUCGUCUACUGCAGAAGGCCAUGGAGGAACGAGGAUGGGAGGAUGGCAAGUACCUCAUCGAUGGCUUCCCGAGGAGUGCAGAGAACAUGCAGGGCUGGAACGAUAUGAUCGGUCCCAAGGUGGACGUGAAGUUUUGCAUGUUCUUCGACUGCUCGGAAGCAGUGAUGGAGGCGCGUCUGCUUGAGAGGGGCAAGACGAGUGGUCGCUCUGACGACAACUUGGCGGGGGCCUUGGGCCGGGGCGCUGGCUUCGCUGCCAGCUUCCGUGACAGGCAUCCUGGCUUUUCGUUCCUGUCUGGCAGGAGUCUAUCAAAAAGCGCUUUGCCACUUACCAGCAGGAGCCUUCGCCCUGGCACUUGA